UGAUGGUGCCAUGUGAUCAAGUUGGCUUGUGAGUAAAGGUGGCAGGAAAAAAACAUUAAGUAUUUGUUUAGAGAAAGAUAAAUCCACUGUUAACUUCAUAGCUUUUAACAGGCAUAUCUGUCAUUUGGGCAUAUUCUAUAGUUAACAAAAUAAACCACUUAGUCACAUACCUUUAAAAGCUAGUCCUGUUUAUAAGCACCCUCAGGAGAAAGAGAGCCAUCAUUCCAAGAAAAAGAGAAAAAAGAACAGAGAAAACGGGAGAGAACUGGCCAAGGAGAGGAAAAGAGUGUUGCAGAUUUUGGUGCAAUAAUGGCAACACCAAAACAGUCAUAUGAGCAGCAACAACAACAACAACAACCAAAUGUGCAGCGAGUGAGGAACUCGGGGAUGAUUAACAGCAACCAGAGUCCAAUGAGGGAUGACAAGGAAGAGGAGAUGUCAAGAUCAGCUUUGGCAAUGUUCCGAGCAAAGGAAGAAGAAAUUGAAAGGAGAAAAGUUGAGGUGAGGGAUAAGGUUCACGCUUAUCUCGGUCGAGUAGAGGAGGAAACAAAACGAUUGGCUGAGAUUAGAGAAGAGCUUGAGGGUCUCACAGAUCCAUUGAGGAAGGAAGUUGCAAUAGUUCGAAAGAAGAUAGACAGUGUUAACAAAGAGUUAAAGCCACUGGGCCAAACCUGCCAGAGAAAGGAGAGAGAAUACAAGGAAGCCCUUGACGCUUUCAAUGAGAAAAACAAGGAAAAAGCUCAACUUGUUACUAAACUAAUGGAGCUGGUGACUGAAAGUGAGAAGUUGAGGAUGAAGAAGCUGGAGGAGUUAAGCAAAAACGUAGAUACCCUGCAUUGAAAUGCUAAUACAAAGUAACCUACUUCUGGAUAUUCAGUGUCAUGUAACUAGAAUCAUGUCGUUGUAUGUGGCAUAAUUUGUGGUUCUAUUGUAUUUUGCAGACUUAAUUAGGAAAUGUGCAUUGGACACCUAAAUUCUGAACAUUUACACAAAUUCUUGUCAUUUUUAUUUGAGAUGUGCCGAUUCUGUCAUCAAAAGCAAAUUGAAUACUUGGAAAGAUCUAGUUAAACUAAUCCACGCUUUCAUGUUUCAACUUA